AGACUUCCCUGCCUGGUCCCCACCUGAGAGAACACCAAAAUGGAGAAGAUAUUCUGGGUGCAGUUCUAUCUGGCCCUCACCCUCCUCUUCCUGAACCUGGGCUCUGCUGUGGCUGUAGAAAACCCUCCCAGCUGCUAUGGAACUCCAGGGCUGCCAGGCAUGCCAGGUCUGCCAGGCAGGGAUGGCCGGGAUGGGCUGAAGGGAGCCAAAGGGGAGCCAGGUAUCCCAGCUUCUACACAGCUGGGGCCCAAGGGCAUGAAAGGGGAACCAGGCCCCCCCGGCUAUCAAGGCAAGCCUGGCCCUAUUGGGGUCCCUGGAGCAAUGGGAAGCCCUGGGGUUCCAGGUGAUGCUGGACCCCCAGGACUGCCAGGCAGCUUCAAGCAGAAGCAGCAGUCAGCAUUCUCAGUGACGAGGCAGACCAGCCAGUACCCCUUGAAGAACGUCCCCGUGGUUUUUAACCAUGUCAUCACCAACACCAACCACGACUACGACACCACCACGGGCAAGUUCACCUGCAGGCUCCCUGGGGUCUACUACUUCGUCUUCCACAGCUCCCACACAGCCAACCUCUGUGUCAUCCUGCACAAAAACCAGAGGAAGAUGGCCAGCUUCUGCGACCACAAGACCAACAGCAUGCAGGUCAGCUCGGGGGGGACGCUGCUGCACCUGGCUGCUGCGGACGAGGUCUGGCUGGGAGUCAAUGACUACAAUGCCAUGGUGGGCAUUGCCAACUCUGACAGCAUCUUCUCAGGGUUCCUGCUCUUCCCAGACUAGAGCAUCAGCAGAGCUCACCCCAGCACCCUGAUCCUACCUGUCCUGAACACGCUGCUAGUUGCUGGGCUCUUCCUGAUGCUCCCAGUUUCUCUGCAGGGAGGGCAUAAAUCCCAGCAGCCCGACCCAUGCCCUUGGUCUGGGGGCUGAGCACCAACAGCUGCUGCACAGGGGGAACAGGCACAUCUGGAUGCAUCUGCACCCAGAGUGAUGGUGCUGAGCUCCUGGUCCUGCUGGCAGUGCCACGUGCAUCCCCCCUGCUAACCCCACGUUACCUCAGAGGUCUCUCUGUG